CACACGCACAAUGCGAAGGGAACUCAAGGGUAUGGGACUCAACUGCUAUGUAGCCUUAGGAAAACCAGUAAUCAUUGAGUCUUACCGGAAAAAUCACCCGACUUUCACACAGGAUGAUCCGGGUUCGAGUCCCUGCUGGGGUGAAAUGAGCAAAGACCAUCUUUCAGUUCAGAAGUACAAGAGACAAACUCCACCAUGGAAGAGAAGGUUAGAAGCUCAAAUUAAGACAGCACGGAGAGAGGUGAGCCAGCUGUCAGAGGCCAAGAAAGGUAACAUGAAAAAACAAGUGCCCAAGAGGUAUAGCCAGAUGCCCAUAGACGAAGCACUGGAAACUGCCAAACAAAGGCUCCAAACCCUGGCCAGCCGCCUAAAGAGGUACAGCAGGGAGAAUGAAGCCAAGAGAUUAAACCAUCCAGUCUCAUCACAACCUGCACACAUGUAUGCCCAAGAGCAGGGUAACAACAUCCGAGGAGACAUUCUAAGGCCUGACACUGAACAGCAAACAGACUGUGAACCACCCCCAAACUCACAGGACUCAGGUUGGACUGGAGACUUGGAGGGUGAGACCACCUGCAGAGGUGCCCGUGCUGACCAACAGAUGGAGCCCGGAUGCAGUAGUGGUGUUCACAAUGACGGUGAAUGGCAUCCAUAGCCAUUCAUAACUCCUCUGAACAAAUGAUCAAGUGACCUACUCAGCUUCUGCAUCAUCGCUCCAGCCAUCUCCAUCCAUCUCCUGACAUCUCCAAAGGUCCUCUCCACCAUAGACAUACAGAGCACAGAUAGGCCUGUAGCUUUAGUUUAGCCUCCUGUGGACUGAAAAGAAAUGAAUGACCAAAACCCAUAUAAUACAAAGAAUGGGAUUUCACCAGUCAAAAUUUGUUUGUUUGUUACUUGGCCUGGACAGUCAUCCUUUUGACAUGUGGGUAGUUUUUUUUCUUUUCUUACCUCUUUGAUGACUGUGUAGAUAUUUUUCCAUUUAUUUUCAUAGAUGUUAUGUUAUGCAGGGUUGUACUAUGUGCAAUCAAGUAUCUACAGUUUCAAAUAAGAAUUGCAUUAAG